AUGAGGCGUACGACACAAGGGGGUCUUGAUGGUGACCUGUCUGCUGUGAAUGAUCCAUUGUUUGCGCACCAUGAAGUAUUCCGAGUGGAACAGCCUCUUGUCGGCCUUGCUAUUGGUGCCCAAGGUCACAACAUCCGAUCUGCGCGUGGUCUACCAGGCAUCGGGGCUAUCGAUAUGAUCGACUUUGUCCAGCUUCGUGACAGCGUCUCAAGCAGCAGUUACGACGACUCCUAUAGUUAUCGAGCUAUUCCUCAACAGCGUAGCAGAAAAGCAGGUCGAGAUCGAGAUAGUCAGGACGCUGCGUUGUCGCAACCUGAUUUAGUAUAUGAGCCUAAUAGGUCGGGACUUGUACCCUGCUCAGUGUUUUCUAUUUAUGCUAAGGUGAGUUUAUUUCGGUAUUUUGGUUGA